GGGGAUUAGUCGACCCCAGCCAUGCCAAGGUCUGUGCUGGCAUGGUUCACCGCAGCCUCCUCGGGGCGAGAGUUGGACAGUGAUCGACCGACACUGACCAAUGCGGUGCGACUCCCCAUACCCUGCUGUAGUGUCGUGGCUUGGGGUAUUGCACGGGGUUUACGAUGCCAGGUAUGCAAGGGAUCAGCACUUCAUGCCUGAUAUACCGACAUGUGGAAUCUGAUGUCUGUGGUCAUGUCUCGCGAGCAGAGGACACAUGCCGGGGGAUUUGGCUUAACCGCCUGAACCGAGUGUAUGAAAGACACAAUAAAAACUUUCCCCAAGACAAGGUGGAACAGCGUAUGCCGAAGUCUGCGUGGCUAGUGGGAGGAUCUAGUCCUGAAUAUGCGAACUCCAGAUACCAGGCGACCUCUGGUUUAAUUGGCCUUCCAGGGGCAUGCGGGGCUCUGCCUCUGGUGACUGAAAUUCCCUAGCUGCACGUGGGACUUCAUAUGGACCAGAUAGAAAAAACUAAAGAAGGGUCUAGCACUAGCCCUAAUGUGCUAAUCGAGGAAGUGCAAAGCCUCGCUCAGCCUGAGGAACAGGGCGCAAGUCCUGACCCCAUGGCGGAGGAAAUGCUGCUGAAGAGCAGCGAUGAAGAGGUCGUAGCUGGCCUCGAAAAGCUGACGGUCAGGAGACAUAGACUCUCCGGGGCCGCCAGAAGGAGGAUGAAGUUCCUUCUAAAGAAAGGGAUGGCUCCUGACGAUGCCAGGAAAGAAGCCUCCAAACCAAUUGGUCCAAAGCAGAAAACAGGCCGAGGGACCAAGAGAAAUAGGUCGGAGGACAGCACGCCUAAAGGCAAGCAGCCAAAGAGUGCCAAAUGCGAGGCUUCAAAAGUCGCACGGUCCUCAGGAGGUGCCGGGGCUCAGGCCUCGGGUGCCUCCAAAGUUCAAUCCUCGGGAGCUUCCGGGGCUCAGCCCUUAGGAACUCCCAAGGGUCCCGCAUCAGGUGGGCCCACCUACAGCCAGGCUACCGCUGGUCUGAAGGUGGGGAUAAUGCACAAAAAAUUUCCAGAGGUGAUUUUGGAAAUGGACAAACUAAUGGCCAUCAAAAAAUCGCUAAUGGAAGAGAUUAUUGCAUUGGGGAACGAGGACGCCAUAACGCCUACGUUCCACCAACUGCAUAUGAGGCCAGGCUGGCUUGGGCUGACAUGCUCUGACAAAGCCACUGUGGAGUGGCUGAAGAGCAUUCAGCCAAAACUCAAACCUUGGGAGGGAGCUGAUCUAAGGAUAGCCGAAGAGGCAGAACUGCCUCACCCGGAGAUCCUGGUCGGAUAUCUCCCCGACAGCCAUGAUCUCUCCAAUGAGAAAAUUCUCAAGGCGGUAGAGAAUCAGAACGCAGGGCUCAAAACCUCCAGCUGGAGAGUCCUUCGAAGGGGACCAUCAGGACCCAUGCUCGAGAUUGUCAUCUCGGCUGAUAGAACAUCGGUCGAGAGACUUAGAGCAAAGAAUUGGCAGAUAAAUUACUUUUUCGGCCAAACAAAUCUCCGCCUUAAGGGACCAAAGACAAUGGCCGAGAGGAGAGGCCAAGUAAGAGGCCUACCAAACAAAGUAUAUCAGACGAUAUACUGCGAUAAGGCAGUAAGUCCAAGAGCCCUAAUAAUACUCAGAAGGGGACUAACCUGUCUUCCACUUACAGAGUUCCUGACAAGGGAUCUUGCUGCGGCAUUGGUUGAUGUGCGAACUGAGAACAUCAAGAGGCAGCUUGUUAUCGCCUCAGGAUAUUUUCCAGGAGACGCCAUCAGCCCACCACCGGAGGAAGUACAACGCCUCAUCGAAUGGUGCCGCAUAGAGAAGAAACAACUUAUUCUGGGCUGCGAUGCGAACGCACACCACAAAGUAUGGGGCAGCACAGAUAUAAAUCAUAGAGGUGAGGAUUUACUUGACUUUCUAUUUUCUACUAACAUAGAGAUAGUAAAUGUGGGUAAUAGUCCAACCUUCAUGAAUGCGAUCAGAAGGGAAGUAAUUGACCUUACACUGGCGACACCUUUUAUUGCGGGGAUGGUCAAGAACUGGAGGGUCUCAGAAGAGCCAUCCAUGUCAGACCAUAUGGCAAUAGAAUUCAACGUUGAAGCAACUGCUUCAGCUGAUGUUGAGUGCAGGAUACCCAGGAAGACAGACUGGGAACUUUACAUAGCCCACAUGAGUUCUGAUCUGAAGGGCCUGAAAUACAACAUCAGCUCCAAUGAGGAUCUGGAGAACGCCUCUGCUCACUUCACAUCAUGUCUGAAGAGGGCAUUUGAAAACAGUUGUCCACUCAGGAAGAAAACGAUCUCCAGAGACGUCCCCUGGUGGAACAAUAAUCUUGAAAACCUCAAGAAAAUUGCUAGAAAAGCCUUCAAUAAGGCUAAGCGAGAAGGCAGCUGGAAUGCCUACAGACUAGCCCUGACCAACUACAACAAAGAGGUCAGGAAAGCCAAAAGGCAGUCCUGGAGAAGCUUCUGUGAGGGAAUAGAUAAAACGGCCCCAGCAGCUAGACUUCAAAAGGUACUAUCUAAGGAUCACUCAAACCCAAUUGGCCAAAUAAAGAAGCCAUGUGGGGAAUUUACGAAUGAUCCUCAAGAGAGCCUAAGAGCUCUACUAGAGACUCACUUUCCUGGCUCCAGGCAGAUAACCAGUGAAGAUGCGGCCCCCGCUGGGGAAGUAUACAACCCCACCAGGUGGGAUUCUCAGAAAGCUGAACAACAAGUACUUUUAUCUGAUGUUGAGAAUGUUAUCAACCUCAAUGACUCCUUAUCUCCUGAUGCCAAGAACAUAAAACGCGCCAUGGCCACCAACAUUAUAACUAAUAAUAUCAAACCUAAUAAAGUUGUCAGAAAUGUAGUACAGAGAGAAUUUUAUAAUUGUAAAAGAUAUCUCAAAGAACAUCCAGACUUACAGGUAUUACAAUCAGACAAAGGAAACGUAACAGUUAUUAUGGACAAGUCACAAUACAUAGAACUAUCUAAUGGAAUUCUCAAUGAUCUUGACUAUUACAGAAGCCUACCUAGAGACCCAACAACUACUAUACAAACUAAAGAUGGGAAUCAAUCAGUAGCCACACCACCAUACCAAAGGAAGACUUCAUCAACAUCAUCAGAUUUCUUUUCAACUCUAACUAUUUCAUCUUCCAAGCAUGAUGGAGCUGGACCUCAUUUUGGUUUGGAAGUGAGAAGUUACCUCGACAAUAUCUAUCCAAAUAGGUGGAUAGGUCGAGAAGGGCCUAUUUCAUGGCCUCCUCGAUCUCCAGAUUUCAACCCGCUAGAUUAUUUUUAUGGGGAAAAUUGA